AUGUUGAGCGCAGGCAGCGUGGAAAUCGCUUCGACUUACAAGGUCUUGGCCAGACUUAUUGCUGGCUUUGACUUGGACUUCCUAGAUUGUGUGGAGGAUGGGGUGAUGGUGUUGUCGCCUUGUCCACUAAGACAGCAUUCUCCUCCACAUCGCACUCAUCCAACAUAUGUCGUUUUCGCUACGCUGAGCUUGCCUGCGACGGUUUAUAUUCGUAGGCCGGAGCGGUUGACGUCGCUUGGGUUGUGGUGCCUAUUAGGAAGGGCUGUUGGCGCGUUUUUAGCGGAUGACGGCGGAGCUGAACGAUCGCAGCUAGGCAAGGUGCCGGGCAUGCGGAGCGAGAGUAGAGGGACGGGUGAGAACUUGACUGUUGUUCGAGAUGUUGUUGCGCCUGUAGCUAGCGCAGAGCACGCGGCGACAAAGUUUUCGACCCUGACAGCAAAGAGACCACCAGCCACAGGCCGACAGCCACAAGCUUGGCAUUUAGGGCUAUUUAAGGAAUACAAGGGGGACUCACGAACGGGCUGCCCCCCCUCCCUGACACAACCAAUCAGCGACGAGUAUUUCCCGUUUAUGUUACCCCCUUGUAUACGCGAUGAUGAUUAUGUUCCGACUGGGGUAGCAGGUUAUCGUCUAUUUCUGCCGAGUUCUGAAAUCAGUCUUAUUGUCACACGGAAAGGGCCAAGGGUAGCUCGCUUAGCGGUCCACACCACACUUUAUCAUGUACAUAUACACAUACACAAAAUAACAUAUACCGACUACAAGGUAUCUAUCUCCCCUACUCCCUUACCUAUUUUCACUGCUACGUUUACAUACACGUCCAGUCUAACACUUAUCAACCCAAAACACCAUUGCAAUAGGCAGAGCAAGCUCGCUGUUGCUGCAAAGCGAAAAUCUAGGAAGAAGCAGAGGAAGGCAAUACGUAUACAGAAGCUCGCUAGCCUAUACAAGCGUAUAGGUGACUUGCUUAAGGAGGAGUUAGAUAAGCUGAAUGAAUAUAUAGAGAUUGGAACGAGACUCCUCUCCGGGGUGACAAAUGUGACUGGGAAGUCUCUCUGGGGCGACAAAUGUGACUGGGACGCCUCUCCGGGGCGACAAAUACGGGGACGUCUCUCCGGGGCGACAUAUGUGACUGGGAAGCCUCUCCGGGGCGACAAAUGUGACUGGGACGUUUCUCCCGGGACACAAAUACGGGGACGUCUCUCCGGGGCUGUCACGGGACCACGCGAUGUUGUGAAUCACGUGAUGGCGAUCCGGAGCGGAUCAACUGAAGGCCUCUUUAUCAUCACUUGCAUCACCUACAUCAAGCCGACCCACCUCUCCGCCGCUAUCGAACACGCAUACACACCGAACCGCUUCACCGUCACCGUCCAACGCGUCCCACCCAUACCGAAUCGCCUCACCAUCACCGCCCAACGCGUCGCAGCCAUUCCGAACGAUUCAGUCACGUCGUAUAACAUUUCCAAGCACGUGGGAUUGCAAAGUGAUAUCUCUAACCCAGCUAGCAACCUGUGGCUUCAACUUGCACUGCCCUACAAUGUAGCAAAGCAAAGCAAUAAGGAUCUACUUAAGUUCUAUAAGCAAGACUGUCUGUUAGCAGCCACUCUCCUUGACUUCCUUAGCUACCUAGAUCCCUCCAACGCUACUAACACCCCUAAUGCCACAUACCCUAUCUUUGUACUGGCCCCUAUCUUAACACGUCACUACGCCCACUGCCAUCACAUCCACUGUUACCGCGCGUACCUUCUCACCGUUUAUAUGCAAAUGUGGCUGCCAGUACGCUAUCGAACCCUAGCAAGCACGCUUCACCGCCACUAUCCCCCUCAGAUUCACGCUGCCCUCCUCACUCCUCAGUAUCUAUACCACCAGCACCAACUAUGCCCCCUUCUUCAAAAACUAGACCGUCAAGGCCAACAACUACACCAUCCCACCGUAGCUCGCUGUAUCAAUCCUCGCCCGUCCUCUCCUUUUAUUCUAGCAAAGGGAGACUACACAUAUGGGCUUGUAGGAGUUAUUCUCGACCCCUACCAGGCUAAUACUAUCGCCAGUUGUUCCUCGAGCAUCGCUGCAGAAUCAGAUCGCAGACGAACCGCAAAAGAAGUUCCAGUCACUAGAGGGAUGAUAGAACCGUCUCAUGAUUUUCAUUAUGAGUUAUACGUGUUCCUCCUCAUUAUAACACUGAAGAUCGACUUGUGGCUGCAUAUAACUAAGCUGUCUAUCAUUGGGAAGACUUUUGGAGGGACAUACCGUACACAAAAAGCUACCUCUCCCGAUUUCGCCAUGGCUGUCCCAGCCGCCCUACAUCUUUUUAUCUAUUGUGCCACCUUCCCUUCAAGUCUGCUUGGUGCGUUUAAUAAUUGGCGCUGGAAGUUAGGAAUCUACUUGGCCGCCAGGGCUAGAAACGGCUCUUCUAUUGAGCGGAAUCUCCUAUUGGCUUUUCUAAAACGGGCCUCUAGUUCAACUAAUGACCGUGAUAGUUCUGCGUAUUUUCAAGGGUUCCGAAUCUAG